AUGAAAGCAAUCCAAGUAAAAGAAUACGUCCAAGGCCCCCGCGACCUCACCGUCUCCGAAAUCCCCGACCCCGUCCCAACACCAGAUCAAUACGUGAUAGCCGUGAAAUCCUGCGCAACAAACUUCUUCGACCUGCUCCAAAUCCGCGGGAAAUACCAACAUCAACCUCCCUUGCCAUGGGUCGGAGGCGCAGAGUUCUCGGGCGUGAUCCUCGCGACCCCUUCAUCGCCAGCCAAACGUCCACCGAAGUUCAAUGUCGGUGAUAGGGUCUUUGGGUCGGGACAGGGAGGUUAUGCGUACAAGGUCUGCGCUCAAGAAUCGCAACUGCAACCCAUACCGAAAGGUUGGAGUUUCUUCGAUGCUGCAGGAUUGUUCGUGACAAUGCCGACGAGUUAUGGGGCCUUGGUCACGAGAGCUGGGAUUAAGAAGGGGGAUUGGGUUCUCGUGCAUGCUGCGGCGGGUGGUGUUGGGUUGGCAGCUGUACAGAUUGCGAAAGCGUUUGGUGCGACUGUGAUUGCGACGGCGGGAACGAAGCAUAAGUUGGAUGUUGCCAAGAGCUUUGGAGCGGAUUACGGUGUGGAUUAUCGGGAUGAGAACUGGCCGAUGAAGGUACUAGAGCUUACGCCAAAGAAGAGGGGUGUUGAUAUCGUCUAUGACCCGGUGGGCUUGAUUGAGAAGAGUCAGAAGUGCAUUGCAUGGAAUGGGAGGCUGCUGGUGAUUGGGUUUGCCGGAGGCAAUAUCGAGAAGAUGGCGACGAACAGAAUACUGUUGAAGAACAUCGCCGUUAUGGGAUUGCAUUGGGGUGCAUACGCGAAGAAUGAGCCUGAGACGAUUCCACGUGUGUGGGAGGAGUUGCAGAAGUUGAUGGAGAGCAAGGCUAUUCGGGCCACGAACUAUACAGACAAGGAGUACAAGGGUCUGGAAUCCGUGCCAGCAGCCCUGGAGGCAUUGGGCGGGAGAGAUACAUGGGGAAAGGUGGUGGUAGACCUGCCAGAAGCGAAGGAGAGCAAGCUGUAG